UUGUACCGUCAGCGACUCUGAGUCAGACGAGUUGGUGGAGACAUGCAGACAAACGGAACUGUAGGACAAAAAAAAAAAACGUAAAGAAACUGCACAAAUUGAAGGGUGCGGAAGGAAAAUGCGGUGUGAACUGUAAAGAUCAGAAGUUUCUCUUCAAGGAAAAGGAAAAUGAAGUGUGGAUUUUCUCGGCUUGCUGCUCUACAAAUAGUCUUGGGAUUUUGAUUGGGAUUUGGGUAGCUGAAACUUGACACUUGAAGCUCGAAAUUUUGUUUUGUCAGCGGAUUUAUAUUGCUUGGAUAAGACUGUUGGUAUAAUCAAAUUUUCUUGCUCUUGGGGCAUUUGUUUUUCUGCAUCAGCAGAGAACAAAUUACAGUUCUUGGGGAGUUUUACAAUUAAUGGAGUUUAACAGUAAUUUUACAUCAAGCCCGUGCAACUGUCUGUGAUGAAGAACGAAUUCUGAAGUACAACAACUAUCUCUGGAAAACUCAGUGACAGAAGAAAACAAUGUCUUUAGUUAGGUCUUUCGAUCUAUCAGCCUUGCCAUAUGGAAAUACCAAGCUCUACCCACCAAAUGGCAGCAAUGACCAUUCUAGCAUGUCUGCUCAAAUAUUCAGCUCUUACAGCCAUGAGCAUUAUGAUCCAAAGUACUUCUUGGACUCCCCAUCUGAAGAACUUACGCGACGAUCAAGUUCAGGUGGCUCCAUCUCAGAAAACUCAUUCCACUUACAGGAUGCCUCUUCCUACCAGUUAAGGACUAGCUCAAAUUCCUCCAUGUCUGCUCAAAAUCCUUUAAAUUCCUCCAUGACCCGGAGACUUCAUGAUGCAUAUCAUUCCAAUUUUGACUCUGACUACUUGGAAAUCAGAAGCGCUGACCCCGUAGAUUAUGACGAAGAUAAAAUGAGAUCAAAACUUCAAGAACUGGAGAGAGUACUCCUUGAUGACAAUGAUGAGGAUGAUGAUGACAACAUGUUUGGCCCAGAUCAGUGUAUAGAGAUUGAUGGUGAAUGGUCCGAUUCACUACAGAAUGUAAUGCUCCAUGACUCGCCUAAGGAGUCGUCUUCAUCAGAUUCAAACCUGAGUAGCAUUAGCAGCAGCAAAGAAAUAUCAACAGUAAACCGGACUCCCAAGCAGUUGCUAUUUGAUUGCGCAGGAGCAAUUUCUGAUGGAAACAUCGAGGAAGCAUCAACAUUGAUAAAUGAUCUCCGCCAGAUGGUCUCAAUCCAAGGAGAUCCCCCACAUAGGAUUGCAGCUUACAUGGUAGAAGGUCUUGCGGCUCGCAUGGUUGCCUCUGGAAAAUUUCUCUAUAAGGCUCUGAAGUGCAAAGAGCCACCCGCUUCUGAUCGACUUGCUGCCAUGCAGAUCCUCUUUGAGGUAUGCCCAUGUUUUAAAUUUGGAUUUAUGGCUGCUAAUGGUGCAAUUAUGGAGGCAUUCAGGGAUGAAAAGAGAGUUCAUAUUAUAGAUUUUGACAUAAAUCAAGGAAGUCAAUACAUGACUCUGAUACAAACACUUGCUGGUAGGCCGGGUAAGCUACCACACAUCAGAUUAACUGGAGUUGAUGACCCUGAGUCUGUUAACCGUGCUAUCGGAGGCCUAAAAGUCAUUGGGCAAAGGCUUGAGAAACUUGCUGAAGCACUUAAGGUGCCAUUUGAGUUCCAAGCUGUUGCUGCAGAGACAUCAAAUGUAACUCCAAGGAUGCUAGACUGCCGGUCAGGGGAAGCACUCAUUGUGAACUUUGCUUUCCAGCUUCACCACAUGCCCGACGAGAGUGUUUCAACAGUAAAUCAGCGAGACCAACUCCUCCGAAUGAUCAAAAGCUUGAAUCCAAAACUCGUGACUGUUGUUGAACAAGAUGUAAACACCAACACUGCCCCAUUCUUUCCAAGGUUUGCUGAGGCCUACAGUUACUACUUUGCUGUAUUUGAGUCUCUUGAUGCAACUCUUCCGAGGGAGAGCCAGGACAGGAUGAAUGUUGAAAAGCAUUGCCUUGCACGAGAAAUAGUUAACAUUGUUGCGUGCGAAGGUGAGGAGAGAAUAGAGCGAUAUGAGGUUGCAGGGAAAUGGAGAGCAAGGAUGACAAUGGCGGGGUUCACUUCAUCUCCGAUGAGCACAUUCGUCAAUAAUGCAAUCCGAGACCUUAUAAGACAGUAUUGUGACAGGUACAAAGUGAAGGAGGAAAUGGGCGCACUCCAUUUUGGGUGGGAAGAUAGAACUUUGAUCGUGACUUCAGCAUGGAGGUGAACAAUUUUGACUUGUUCACAAGUACGGUUGUGGCAUGGCGCUUACCUAUUGUUGUUUUGUCUCUGUAACUAUUAUUUUGUGUGAGAUGAAAAUAAGGACUUCUUUAAUCUUAUGCUGAUGAAGGUCUUGAGGAGACAAUAUAUAUAAGAUCAAUGAGUUUGACA